CCCACUACGACAAAAUAACAAUGCGUGUGUUAAUAAUAUAUUUUACAUGUAUUGUAUGUUAUGUUCAUUGUAAAACGAAUACAAAAUCACUCACGGAAUCUUUGGGUAGGGAAAUCAUUGAAAUUGGCGCUCCUGUAAAAGAGUUACCAGCGGACUUGGAAGAGGAGCCAUCCGUCGAAAAUGAUGACGAUGUAACAUCUACCACCAUACAAGUCGCCACAAAGAAGGACAUAGCUAGACAACCGGAGCUAGAUAAACCAAAGGACAUUGACAAACUAGAUGGCGCUAGUCAAGAAGACGAAGAGGCGCGAAUUGAAAAGGAACUCGCUGAAAUAUACAAGGAUUCUUCUGAUUAUAAAUCCGACAGCAGUGAAAAUAUGAUCGAGAAAAAGAAUUCAACAGACAAUUCGACCGUUUUUGUGGAAAAACCCGUAGCGAGAAUGAGGACUAAUUUUAAAUUUCAACCAAAUACAAACAGCAAAAAGGACAUCGAGCUUUUUCGAACUUCUGUAGACGACAUCAGCUGUGAGAAAAAUAAACUUUCUGCCACUAUUCAAAAGAGCUUCCUCGGUUCUUAA